AGCAACAGAAGAACCAGAAGUGAUCCCAGAUCCUGCCAAGCAGACAGACAGAGUGGUGAAAAUAGCAGGAAUUAGUGCUGGGAUUUUGGUGUUCAUCCUUCUCCUCCUAGUUGUCAUAUUAAUUGUAAAAAAGAGAUAUAUAUGUUGGAGAAGACACAUCUGCAUUAGAAACAUUAGGAGGAGCUACUAUUCUUACUCCUACUACCUCAAGCUUGCUAAAAAACGCAAAGAUGCAAUGGGAAACACCCGGCAGGAGAUGACUCACAUGGUGAAUGCUAUGGAUCGAAGCUACGCUGAUCAGAGCACUCUGCAUGCUGAAGAUCCUCUUUCCAUCACCUUUAUGGACCAACAUAAUUUUAGUCCAAGAUUGCCCAAUGAUCCACUUGUGCCGACUGCUGUAUUAGUCCCUAUAACUGAUGAGAACCACAGCGCUACUGCAGAGUCCAGUCGUCUUCUAGACGUACCUCGCUACCUCUGUGAGGGGACGGAAUCCCCCUACCAGACAGGACAGCUGCACCCAGCCAUCAGGGUAGCUGAUUUGCUGCAGCACAUUAAUCUCAUGAAGACAUCAGACAGCUAUGGAUUCAAAGAGGAAUAUGAGAGCUUCUUUGAAGGACAGUCAGCAUCUUGGGAUGUAGCCAAAAAAGAUCAAAAUAGAGCAAAAAACCGAUAUGGAAACAUUAUAGCAUAUGAUCACUCCAGAGUAAUUUUGCAACCUGUUGAGGAUGAUCCUUCUUCAGACUACAUCAAUGCCAACUACAUUGAUAUUUGGCUGUACAGGGAUGGCUACCAGAGACCAAGCCACUACAUUGCAACCCAAGGCCCAGUUCAUGAAACCGUAUAUGAUUUCUGGAGAAUGAUCUGGCAAGAACAGUCUGCCUGCAUUGUGAUGGUUACAAAUUUAGUGGAGGUUGGUCGGGUUAAAUGCUACAAAUAUUGGCCUGAUGAUACUGAAGUUUAUGGUGACUUCAAAGUAACUUGUGUAGAAAUGGAACCACUUGCUGAAUAUGUAGUUAGGACAUUCACACUUGAAAGGAGGGGAUACAAUGAAAUCCGUGAAGUUAAACAGUUCCAUUUCACGGGCUGGCCUGACCAUGGAGUGCCAUACCAUGCUACGGGGCUGCUUUCUUUUAUUCGGCGAGUCAAGUUAUCCAACCCUCCUAGUGCUGGCCCCAUUGUCGUGCAUUGCAGUGCUGGUGCUGGACGAACUGGCUGUUACAUUGUGAUUGACAUCAUGCUGGAUAUGGCUGAAAGAGAGGGUGUCGUUGACAUCUACAACUGUGUCAAAGCCUUACGAUCACGGCGUAUCAACAUGGUCCAGACAGAGGAGCAGUACAUUUUUAUUCAUGAUGCCAUUUUAGAAGCCUGCUUAUGUGGAGAAACUGCCAUACCUGUCUGUGAAUUUAAAGCUGCGUAUUUUGAUAUGAUUAGAAUAGACUCUCAGACUAACUCUUCACAUCUCAAAGAUGAAUUUCAGACUUUGAAUUCAGUCACCCCUCGACUACAAGCUGAAGACUGCAGUAUAGCAUGCCUGCCAAGGAACCAUGACAAGAACCGUUUCAUGGACAUGCUGCCACCUGACAGAUGUCUGCCUUUUUUAAUUACUAUUGAUGGGGAGAGCAGUAACUACAUCAAUGCUGCUCUUAUGGAUAGCUACAGGCAACCAGCUGCUUUCAUCGUCACACAAUACCCUCUGCCAAACACUGUGAAAGACUUCUGGAGAUUAGUAUAUGAUUAUGGCUGCACCUCCAUUGUGAUGUUAAAUGAAGUCGACUUGUCCCAGGGCUGCCCUCAGUACUGGCCAGAAGAAGGAAUGCUCCGAUAUGGUCCUAUCCAAGUGGAAUGUAUGUCUUGUUCAAUGGAUUGUGAUGUAAUCAGCCGGAUUUUUAGGAUAUGCAAUUUAACAAGACCACAGGAAGGUUAUCUGAUGGUGCAGCAGUUUCAGUACCUAGGGUGGGCUUCUCAUCGAGAAGUGCCUGGCUCCAAACGGUCAUUUUUGAAACUGAUACUGCAGGUGGAGAAAUGGCAAGAGGAAUGCGAGGAAGGCGAAGGCCGGACGAUCAUCCACUGCUUGUGAGUAGGGCAGCCCGGCCUGGCCGAUCAGGGGCCUUGGUGCUCAUUUCCUCAUCAGCCUUUGCAUUUUCCAUGUUAAAGAAACUCACAUCUUAAA